AGUUCCACUUUAGCAUUCAUUUUGCAAUCAUUUCUCUUCUUCCCAUCUCUUCCAAGUCUCCAGUGUUCUUGCAACAUUGCCAUGUCAUUAUACAAAAACUCGCGUAACUCUUUCUUUAUUCUUCUCUUCCUUCUGGUUCCUCCAAUAAACUCAAUCUACUUUAACAAAUCUCGCUUUGAACCCCAGGACAGUGAAAUCAUACUGGAAGGUGAUGCCGCUACUGCCAUAGGUACCAUUGAAUUGAUCAACAGAAAUAGUUACACUUGUCGUGUUGGCCGAGCUACUUAUUUCGAUCAGGUACCCUUGUGGGACUCGGUCACCGGAGAAGUCACACACUUUGUCACUCAUUUCACCUUUUCCGUUGAAAAAACAACACCGAAAUAUGGUGCUGGACUUGCCUUCUUUAUUGCUCCUGUUGGUUAUCCAAUCCCUCCGAAUUCACCAGGUGGAUUUCUUGGCCUUUUUAACACAACAACAACUGAUGAUACUUCUCGCAAUCAAAUCAUCCAUGUGGAAUUUGAUUCCUUUCCAAAUGAAGAGUGGGAACCAGAUUUUACACAUGUUGGGAUUAAUAAUAAUUCCAUCAAGUCUGCUGUUUCAACUUUUUGGAAGGCUAGCUUGCAUAGCCAGGAAACUGGUAGCGCGUGGAUCACGUACAAUGCUACUGCUAAGAAUCUCAGCGUAUACUGGACAUAUGAUAAUAAUCCUGUUUAUCAAGGAGAAUCUCUUCUAUCAUACCAAGUCGAUUUGAAGCAGAUUUUACCAGAACGAGUUACCAUAGGAUUCUCCGCUGGUACCGGUAUGUUUAGUGGGCGGCAUAUUCUUUUGUCAUGGGAUUUCAAUUCAAGUUUGGCAGUUCAGGAGAAAAAAGUACCAAAUGAAAAGCCGAAUGAAAAGCCAUAUGAAAAGCCAAAUGUCAAAUUGAUAAUUGGAUUAUCUGUGGCCGGAACUGCUUUGGUAGGAUGCGCUCUUGCUUUAGUUCUGGUUUGCCUGAUGAGGUCGAAAAGACGGCGAGCUAGAAAAGAGAAAUUAAACUUCACAUCUGACUUUGAAAGAGGUACUGGUCCAAGGAGGUUCUUGCUUAGGGAACUAGUUUCAGCUACAAACAACUUCUCGGAGGAAAGAAAACUAGGAGAAGGUGGAUUUGGAGGCGUCUAUAGGGGAUUUAUAAAUGAAAUGGAUUUGGCAAUUGCCGUGAAGAAGAUCUCUAGUGGAUCUAGACAGGGUCAGAAGGAGUAUAUAACUGAGGUCAGGAUCAUCAGCCGGUUGAGACACAGAAAUUUGGUGCAGCUCAUAGGCUGGUGUCACGAGAGCGGCGAGUUUCUGCUUGUUUAUGAAUUGAUGCCUAAUGGUAGUCUAGAUGCUCAUCUCUUCGGACGAAGAACCCCUCUUAUGUGGGCUGUCAGAUACAAAAUAGCACUCGGGUUAGCCUCGGCACUGCUCUACCUUCAUGAAGAAGGUGAGCAAUGCGUAGUCCAUCGUGAUAUCAAAUCAAGCAACAUAAUGUUGGAUUCAAAUUUCAAUGCAAAGCUCGGUGAUUUUGGUCUAGCUCGGCUCACGGAUCAUGGAUUAGGUCUCCAAUCAACAGGGUUAGCUGGGACAUUAGGCUAUUUAGCACCAGAAUACGUGAACACAGGCAAGGCAAGUAAAGAAUCUGAUGUUUUUAGCUUUGGUGUAGUAUGUUUAGAAAUUGCUUGUGGGAGAAAAUCAAUUGACUAUAUGGAAGAGGUUUCUAACGUAGGCUUAGUAGAGUGGGUUUGGGAUCUAUAUGGGAGAGAUGCGAUUUUGGCUGCGACAGACCACAAACUAAACCUGGAAUUUGAAGCAAACCAAGCUGAAUGUUUGAUGGUUGUGGGUUUGUGGUGCGCACACCCAGAUCGAAGUUCUAGACCUUCGAUCAGACAAGCAAUUCAAGCACUUAAUAUGGAAGCAAGUAUUCCAUCUCUCCCUACAAAAAUGCCGGUGCCUACAUAUCUUGUACCAGUACCUGAACUUGAUAUUAUUUCUAGUGAACGAAAUUCUAUCACUACCACAAGCAUGGACAUAGGUCGUUAAAUAUAGACUGAACUUUCAUCUUGUUAGGUGCCCUUAUAAACUGUUGAGUCUGAACUUUCAUUUGCUUGUUAGGUUUUCAACUUUUGUUUUUCGGUUGUGUACUUUUCAAUAAUGUUAUGCAUUUUUUGGUGUUGAACUUGUCCGCUCUUGUGUUCUUCAGGAUGAUUAUAAUGCAA